AUGCCAAAUACCGGCGUCAAGCACAAGAUUCUUGGAAUAGACAUCGGCGGUACAAGCAUAAAGGCAGCGCCAGUUGACACUCGGACUGGUCAGCUGCUAGUGGAACGGUUUGUCGUGCUGACACCCAACCCAGCCACACCGGAAGCAUGUGCAGACGCCGUCAAUCAGUGUGCUCAACACUUUCAGUGGAAAGGAGCCGUUGGGAUUGGAGUACCCGCAGUGGUGAAGGAUGGAACCACAUGGACAGCCGCGAACAUCGACAGCAGUUGGGUGGGAGCGGACGUGGAGGGCUUGUUCAGCCGGGUAACAGGGCUGCCAGUCACGGUGGUCAACGACGCCGACGCUGCUGGCUAUGCAGAGCUGGGCUUCGGUGCAGGGUCGGGGGAGAACGAACGCGGUGUGGUGUUCAUUGUGACCUUCGGAACCGGCAUUGGCACGGCCAUGUUCGUGGAUGGCAUUCUGGUCCCUAACCUGGAACUGGGUCACAUGGAGGUGGAUGGAGUGGAGGCAGAGGUGGCAGCAGCAGGCGUGCUGGUGGAGAGAAAUGGGUGGACGUGGCAGCAGUGGGCUGACAAGGUCGCCUGGUACCUGGGCCACAUUGAAAAGCUCUUCUGGCCCUCCAGAUUCGUAAGCGCCACCAUCCUCCCUUGUCCUCCUCACUUGAAUGGCCACUUUUCAUGCCUCAGUUUCCCUCACCCUGCUGCCUUGUUCCUAUCGAUGUGUUUGCUCGUCUGUGUGCGGCAUCAGAUUGUGGGAGGGGGAGUGAGCAAUGCACACGAGCAGUGGCUGCAUCUGGUGAAGCUGCCAAAGGGCACUCCCAUCCUGCCUGCCUCCAUGAAGAACGAUGCCGGCAUCAUUGGUGCUGCCAUGGCUUCGCUCGCCCGCUCCGUCUUUGCCAUCCGCCACAAGCCACAGCAGGUGGAGGACUACAUUCAGGCCUGA